GGUCCCUCAAAGUGUUCACUGCCUAUCGCUGUGCCCCAUACCGUUUUCAUUUAGAAUCCUACAACAUUAACGCAGAAGCAUUCAGUCCAAAGGCAAAAAUAUAACUGUAUGACGAAAAUUGGACUAUAACAUUCAUUUAUCUUUGCUAAAAGCCUGCUCUCUUGUAACCCCUCCCCCUGAUGGAGCAGCGGUUACCAGGUUGUCGGGACAGUCGCCAUGUUUCCCUGCGUUUCCCCCUGGCCCCCUGCUGAGCCCCCCGCCUCCUGUGGCCAUGCCCCAUCGCCCGCUCAGCCCCUGCCAGACCUGCUCUGCAGCUGCCCCGCCCAUCCCGGGCCCCUGAACCCGGCGCCGCACCCCCACGCCCAGUUCCCGCCGCACCACAUGGAGUCGCUCAUCGUGGUGACCGAGUACGAGCCCAGCGAGCCGGCCCGCGCGGAGGAGGACGAGGUGGAGGACAUGGACAGCUCCGCGAGCCCCGAGCCGGCCUCGAUGCCCCCGUUCCGCGGGCCGUCCUGCGACCUGCUCUCCCACACGGUGGGGCGCCCCGCGGCCCUGUUCCCCGAGCCUCAGGAGCACCGGGGGAGACUCAACCUGUCGGACAGGAAGCUGUCGCUGCAGGAGCGCUCGCAGACCGCCACCUCCCCCUGCAGCUCGCCGGGGCUCAACGGGCGCUACAUCUACCCCUCGCUGCCUUACUCGCCCAUCACCUCACCCCACUCCUCGCCUCGCUUGCCCCGCAGGCCUACCGUGGAGUCGUACCGUGUCUCCAUCACUGAUCUACAGGUAGGCCAGCCCCUCGCCAGGCCAACACCACAGACACGACUCAAGCUCACCCACGACACACACUCUUGGCAGGGGUUAGCCCGACAACAGAUGAAUGCCGGGACCAAGUAG